UCUCAGGUCUAACCAAUGUUUUUCCUCUGUUGUACAGAUGACAAAGCGAAAGAGCUCAGCCCCUUUGAGUACGAUUACGAAAGCCUGAGGAUUGGAGGGCUGGUGUUUGCAGUGGUGCUCUUCACCCUGGGCAUCCUGCUAAUCCUGAGCAGGCGGUGCCGUUGCAGUUUCAAUCAGAAGCCCAGGGCUCCUGGGGACGAGGAAGCCCAGGGGGAGACUCUCAUCACCUCCAAGGCCAAAGAAGCUCCCAAAACUGAGAACUGAAGAGAUUCUCCUGGGGUGAAUCCUGCCACAGAGCUGCCACUGACCUGCGAGACAACCGACGCCGAGAUGCCGACUUUCCUGAGAGAGAGAGAGAGGAGGGGGAGGGGUGUAUGUCAGGGCCGGGGGGGUUGUGCGUGUGCAGCCUUGGGGCCGUCCUGUAAAUACGUCCUGUCCCGUCGUGCGCCGUUCC